CCUUACAAUUUUGAUUGAGAAAAAGCUCAUUAAACCCCCGCGCUGCUCCGAUCUUCUUUUCCGGCGACGGCGGUGGCGGUGGCAGCAGUUUGGCUCCUUGGUCUGAGGAUCUCCGCCCAGUUUGUGGCGGAUUUGGUUGCCGUGCGGUGGUCGGCCGGCUAGGGCAGGCGGCGGGGCCGGGCCCCUCUUUCAUGCAGAACCGAGUACAACCCCAUCCUGCCGGAGCCUCGUCCUCUGCCUCCAGCGGCGGAGACGGCUCUGGUUCAGGCUUCUGCCUCAGCGAUAUAAUGGAAAUCGACGCUGGCAGCGGAGGAGACCACAAAGCACCGGGCUCCCCGAGGUCCAAGCAUUCUGCUACCGAGCAGAGGCGUCGCUGCAAAAUCAAUGAGAGAUUUCAGAUACUUCGGGAUCUUGUACCACAAAGCGACCAGAAGAGAGAUAAGGCCACAUUCCUUUUGGAGGUGAUCGAAUACGUCAAAUUCUUACAAGAAAAGGUACAAAAGCAUGAAGCAUGUGCUGGUGGAGAUUGGAGCCAGGAAAAUACAAAAUUGAUGCCUUGGGUAAUCCACAUUUCACUGGCCUCCCCUAUUCCCUACAGAAGUGUGCCCGCUAUUUGCUAUGCCAUGCCAGUUCAAAUUUAUGCGGCAAAGAAUAUUAAGAAAAAAAAAUUGGUACCUUGGAUAAUCCACAUAUCACUGGCCUCCCCUAUUCAUUACAGUAGCAACCGAGUACCAGGUGAUCUCAUGCCAGGUGUAGCACCCACAACCAAAAAUUGCUCUGCUGGGAAUUUUCUGGAUAACAGCAUCCCCACCAUGCCAGAAAUGCUGCAAAAUGCUGAAACGGUACUAGAACCAGCCAACUCAAAUGCAGAUAUUACAGAAUCAAAGUACCAGUCUGAGUGGCAACAACUUACAUGUCCAGCAGAUUGCCUUGUGGACAGUGAAAUGAGCAACGAAAAAGAAGAUCUGACUAUAGAUGAGGGUACCAUAACAGUUUCCAGCGUUUACUCCCAAAACCUAUUUACGUCUUUGACUAAUGCAAUGGAAAAUUUGGGCAUCGAUUUAUCACAAGCCAGCGUCACCGUGCAUGUAAAUCUGGGCAGAAGAGCAGUUUCCAGAAGGUCUAAUAAUAUAUCCAGUGCAAAGGAGCAGAAAGACACGCCAGCCGCAAACUAAAUUAUUCAAGGUGCUGGGCAGGGCAAAAGCUAUUAGGAAUCUGAGGAAGCGUUGAAGAGACAGUCUAGUAGGAGUCAUUUCCCGGACAUGGAGUAUAUGAGCUCGAGCUCAAAUGCAUCCGCGUGAACAGUAAAAUCAGAAAAAAAAAAAAUCAAAAAUAUGUAAAAAAAUUCUGAUUUUUUUUUGUGAUGUACUUUGACAAAAGUUCUAAGAACUUGUAAAUUUUCAUCAUGAUAUCACAUUUUAGUAAGGCGUGAAAAAAAACGAUGCUCUGAAAAUGCUACUUUCGAAAGCAUUUUGAAACACUGAUUUUUUUUUUGCCACGCCUUACACGGAUGUGAUAUCAUGAUGAAAAAUUGCAAGCAAUUAAAAGUUAUGUCAAAGUUCAUCAUAAAAAAAAUUCAGAAUUUUUUGAAUGUUUUUGAUUUUUUUAAAAUUUUACUAUUCAUGCGGGUGCAUUUGAGCUCGAGCUCAAAAGGGUACUUUCCCCAUUUCCCCAGAUAAUUCUAGACUAGAAUUGCUUUUAUGGAUAAACCCUUUCUGCUAUAUCUUCCCAAGGCCCUCCCUUGUUCCUCACCGAUUGUAAAUUAAAUCAAAAUUUGUGAAAGCAUACUAUCUUACGUGUA